ACGAGCUGCAGACGCCGUCGCGUCGAUUGCCCCGGCAGAAAAAAAGAAAGGGCCCGCCGUGCGCGUUGCCGCUGCUGCAACGACCGACCACCACUGUGUUAUUACCGGAGAAGGCCCAACGCAGGCCGAAGCGGAGGGGGGGAAAAGCAGCGCCUGCCUCGCUUCGGACGUCCCAAACGCGGAAACGGUCUCCCGCGAAGCCCCCCUCCACUUACAACUGCGCGCGUGCCCCAGUCAUCGCGCCACCACAGCGCUCGUCGAGCGGGAAACGGCUUCGGAUAUACCGUUUUGGUUGUCGACCGCGCGUCACUCCUGCGCGAGGAUUUUUUUGUGAGGCCCGAGAGGGACUUUGCGGCGUCGUUCGGCAGAUCCUUCGUCGACUGUGUUGACUCGUGAACCACGGAUCCUGAAGGGGACUGCGGCGUGGAUAAAACGAGAAGCCGGGUACGACGAGGGAGCGCUGGAAGGCCCGCUUCAGCCAACCGCGGCCGCCGUGCUGGCAGCGGAGCAGCAGAAGCCGUGUUCACCGAUCGGGAGAGCCGAGAUCCAGGCGAACGAGCGGAGCUGACUAUCGGAAGCCAAUACCCAACAUGGACGUAGACAGCGUCGCGCUCGAGUCCUUCCUCGAGCUCAACUUUCCGUCCGAUCUAAACUUCUCAACACCAAUCGAGUAUCCACCAUUCAACCCCGCCGAUGUCGUCCUGCAAGCGACGGCCACAACGACUGCCCAACAGCCGACGGCGUCUUCUGCGUCGAGCAGCGCCUUGGCGUUCCAGACGACGCAGCCAGCAGCUCCUACCAUGGACGUCGUCGGCGCCGUCUCGAGCACCGUGACCUCGGCGACGUCAUCACCGGUGGUCCAGACGGCUAGCGGGCGUCCCCAGCGGUCGUGUCGACUCAACCCAGACUACAACCUGAGGCCACGGUCGGUCCAGAUUCGCAUCGAGACGGAGCAGCGGCGCAAACAACACCAACAACAGCAGCAACAGCAGCAGCAGAGUCACAAGAGGGAUCCCAAGCCAAAGCAGAAGCCUCCGCCGCUGUCCAAGUACCGGAGGAAAACAGCCAAUGCCCGCGAGCGAUGCCGCAUGCAGGAGAUCAACCGGGCCUUCGAAGAACUCCGGGCUGCCGUCCCGAUGCUGCCUCCGGCCUGCGUGCCGGACAAGAACGGCGAGAACAGCAAGCUCACCAAGAUCACCACGCUCAGGCUCGCGGUCAACUACAUCGCUGCGCUGAGCCAGAUGCUGAGGGAGGCGAACGAAACCGAAGAGAACUCUUCCGAAGUCGACUCGGUGCAAAGCAUCGACUCGCUAGAAUCGAGCCUCGACUUUGGGGACGACCCGCUCCUGAUGAGUACCGACCUGGUCGGCAUGAUUCUCGAAUCCGACGGCGAAAGUCUCCAGCUCAGCGACGCGCCGACGCCGUGAAAUGGACGCUACAACAGGUCUUGGACGUAAACGAAAGCUUCAGGCCAGCGGUGACGUGUUGUGUACACUGUCAUGACAGUGUUGCCGGUGUGCGCGCGGGGACCAUGCUGAUGAAAUUGUGCAAGGUUGAGCAACCGAACCGAGGACGAGUCGAUUCUUACGAACUGCCCUGAGCGCUUUCAGAUUCGUCGGUGCUGCGGAACAUCGCGCUGUGUCCGUGCCACACGCAUGGCUCAUGAACUGGCUUUCUUUCAAGAGGCGGUUGUUGGGGAAGAUGGACUUUGUGUCAGAUAAGCCGUACAUUUCUCGGAGCAGGAUCUCCGGAGGAUUGUUGGGCCUUUUGCAUAUAUCCCAACGAAAUUACUUUUUUUUUCCUUUUUUGUUU